CCAGCAGGAGGAGGGGGCCGUAGCGCAGAUUGAGUCAGGCACGCGCGAGGGCAGCCCCCGAGGGCCAUCCCAGAGUUCCCCGCGCCGCCGGGGUCCUAACAGGCAGCACCGUCUUCCGCCGCACGUGCCUGCAACGAGAUGCCCAAAUCUAAGCGCGAUAAGAAAGUUUCCUUAACCAAAACUGCCAAGAAAGGCUUGGAACUGAAACAGAACCUGAUCGAAGAGCUUCGGAAAUGUGUGGACACGUACAAGUACCUUUUCAUCUUCUCCGUGGCCAACAUGAGGAACAACAAGCUGAAGGACAUCCGGAACGCCUGGAAGCACAGCCGGAUGUUCUUUGGCAAAAACAAAGUGAUGAUGGUGGCCUUGGGUCGAAGCCCAUCUGACGAGUACAAAGACAACCUGCACCAGGUCAGCAAGAAGUUGAGGGGUGAAGUUGGUCUCCUUUUCACCAAUCGCACUAAGGAGGAAGUGAACGAGUGGUUCACCAAAUACACAGAGAUGGACUACGCCCGAGCUGGGAACAAAGCAGCGUUCACCGUGAGCCUGGACCCAGGGCCCCUGGAGCAGUUCCCCCACUCCAUGGAGCCACAGCUGAGGCAGCUGGGCCUGCCCACUGCCCUCAGGAGAGGCGUGGUGACCCUGCUGUCCGACUACGAGGUGUGCAAAGAGGGCGACGUGCUGACCCCAGAGCAGGCCCGCAUCCUGAAGCUUUUCGGGUAUGAGAUGGCCGAAUUCAAGGUGACCGUCAAAUACAUGUGGGAUGCACAAUCUGGAAGGUUCCAGCAGAUGGGAGAUGAGUUGCCAGAGAGCGCGCCCGAGUCAGAAGAAGAAUCAGAACAAGAAGAUGACAACUGACGGUACUGGGGACUGAAGGCCUCCCGGCCGAUCCAGGUCUCAUCUCAACUGGACCCGCGGGACUGCCGCCACCCCUCUUGGGGCAGCAGCUGUUAUUCUGCUGUGGAUCAAGACGAGGGAGGGCAAUAGGGACAGACUGUUGUUCCAUAAAGAAUAAAACUUCGUCAGCAGGGUGUCUCCCUGUAGACGGAAAAGGAGACUUUUCUCAGAAAAAAGGCCUCUGGGUUUGGGCUUUUGUUUGGAUUCCCAGGGUUCCCACUGUUCACCUCUCAAGCCAGCUUCCAGCACUGGCUUCUGCGUGACAGCCGUGGCCGUGUGACUCUGGGGACGUGAGACCAGCCACCAGAGCUGGGGCUUUUCCUUUUGCCUGGCUCUCAGUGCCCCUUGCUUGAAAUGGGAUUUGCUGAGAACAGCAGGCCCCCUGGCUGCCCUUCCUGCCCAGCCACAUCGACGUGCAUACAUGCAUGCACACACUCUUAAACCAGGGCUGAGGAUCCUGUGUGACCAGAAGACAGGAGGCUUCAACUAAGACGAGUAAAGCCACAGCUGAACUUGAGAGCAUCUGUUAAAAUGUUCCCCAGCAUCCUGGGAGGUUUUAUUUCUCUUGGUGACAACUCUAAUGGUAGGUUUCUGCCCCAGCAGUUCUGUUUGUAAAUAUUCAGUGAGGGCAUUUCGAAAUGAGAGUAGAUCCACUUCA